UUAGGUGGAAACAGAUCAGACACGGGAAUAACCCAUGUCGAAGUGUAGUGGAAACGGGGUGGCCGACACGGGUUGUAGCCGUGUUAAACAUCCCGGAUCGGACACGUCAGAACCUGGAACAGCCAAGAUAAUAUGGGCAUCGAAUCUGAUAUUGCGCUACUUGCCACUGUGUCAUUUCUUUCUGCUUGUCAACAAGGAUUCUGCUGGGUUCAUGGUAGAGGCUAUGAAAGACCUUGGAAUGCUGAAUGCAAGGGCUACUUCCAUGGCGGUCUCGGCACGCAGACGACUCUGGCUACGCCAAUGGACUGCGGCUGCAGAAUCUAAGAAAAGUGUGGAGAACCUACCCUUCACAGGUCAGGCUCUGUUUGGGGACGCAUUGGAUGCAUGGAUUUCCAUGGCAACUGCGGGAUACUAUGCCAGGCUAGUAGGGAGAUCCAGAAUGAAACACAAAGUAAUGCCACCGGGAGUUACUGGACCUCCAGAAUUCGAGAGAACAUUUCGUGCACAACAGAACUGUGUAGAGUUCUAUCCAGUAUUCCUGGUUGUACUGUGGAUGGCUGGCUUAUUCUUUUAUGAAGAAGUGGCUGCUGCUUUUGGGUUACUAUAUAUAUUUGCACGUCACAUCUAUUUUAAGGGCUAUGUGGAGUCUGCUCAGGGCAGGAUCCCUGGAUUUUACCUCAGUUUGGUCUCAUUGUUCCUGUUACUCGGAUUGACAGCAGUUGGGAUUACGAACGCCCUUCUUAAGAGAUACCUGGAUGUGAACUUUUUAAAAAAAGUUGAUCACAUGUUCUAGAGUCAGGCAAUCACUUUACGUGUAGAAUCUUUUUUUUUUCUCUUUGCUUUGUACUUGUCCUAAAAUGAAUCUGUAAUCUGUAUCUUAAAAUAUACAUGUUGUAUACAUUGAAUUAUUCUGCAUUAAGUAAAUCAAGUAAUUAAAUAAAUAAAUAAAUAAAUAAAUAAAUAACA